AUGGAAUUCAAGCAAAUUGGCAUUGUUGGUGCAGGUAAUAUGGGAUCCAUGAUGGGAUUCGCCUUUUCUGAGCUUGGCCUCGAUGUGUCUAUUUGGGACGCUAAGAGUGCGAAUGUCGACAAUUUCAUGAAGCAGGUGGACCAGGCCGACGGUCUCAUUGGAAAAGUUUGUGGUUUUCAUGAUGUAUCAAAGUUUACCGCAAGUUUGGGCCAGAAUGGUGCCCGAAAAGUGUUCCUGUUUUCCAUUACACAUGGCCCGCCAGCCGAUGAAGUUUUGAAGAAAAUAAAGCCCGAGCUACGCAAAGGCGAUAUAAUCUUGGACGGUGGCAAUGAACACUAUCGAAACACAGAGAGACGACAAAGAGAAUGCCAAGAUGCGGGCGUGGAUUGGAUUGGGAUGGGGGUCUCUGGCGGUUAUCAGUCCGCUCGACAUGGACCAAGCAUGUCUCCUGGGGGGAAUAAUGCGGCAUUGGACGCAGUCAUGCCGCUUCUGGGACAAUACGCAGCAAAAGACCCCAAAUCUGGUGCGCCUUGCGUGUCGAAAAUCGGACCGGGGGGUUCAGGACACUUCGUGAAGAUGGUCCAUAAUGGCAUCGAGGUCGGCAUGCUAUCUGCUCUCUGCGAGGCCUGGGGUUUCUUAAAUCGUGGGCUGGGGCUCGACUACAGCCAAAUUGGUGAACUAUUUACCAAGUGGAACAGCGAAGGCGAAUUGCACACAAACUUUCUGAUCAAAAUUGCUGCGGAUAUCUGCAAGACAAGAAAAUCGACAAAUGGCAAGCUGACUGACGAUUACGUCCUUGAUGAUGUCCUCGACAAGGUUGUACAAGAUGAUGAUCGUACAGAAGGGACACCCUCAUGGUCCAUUAUGGAAUCUGCAACGAGGCAUGUGUCUUGUCCAACACUUGCGGCCGGAUUUUACUUGCGUGUGGCCUCAGGAAACCGCGAAGAGCGUCUAAGGGUCGCCGAAAAGCUUUCCAUUUCCGAUCCACAGUCCAUUCAAGAUGUCAAAGAUCGCGAUCAGAUUAUUGAGAGUAUUCGCUGCGCUGUUUACUGCGCCUUCUUGGCCUCUUAUUGUCAAGGACUGGAACUGAUUGCGCGGGCAUCCAUUGAUGAAGAUUGGAACAUCAGCUUGUCCGAGUGUAUCCGGAUAUGGCGAGCAGGAUGCAUCAUUCAGUCCGAAUUUAUUGCUGAUCUACUCGAGCCGGUUUUGAAACAGGACAAGACAUUCACCAACGCUAAGCUGAUUGACUGUGUCGGACCGGAGCUGCAGCGCAACUAUUCAGCACUCAAGGACAUUGUUUCUCAAGGGAUUGCGGCCGACCACUAUAUGCCUGCGCUCUCUGCUACUCUUGAGUAUAUCAAGUAUAUUACAGGUGAGAUGCUUCCAACGAAGUUUAUGGAGGCGCAAAUGGAUUACUUUGGCGCGCAUUCAUACAAUAAGCCGGGCGUGCCAGGCGAAGACCCGGGUCCAGUAGCUAAAGGUUCGCAUCACUUCGAGUGGAAGCCGGCUUAG